AUGUGCCCAGCAGAUGAUCAGCCCAAGUGGAAUAGUGAUGAGCAGCUCAAACUGGCGCCGCUCACUGCAAGGUCACGCCCGCCCUGCCCUGCCCCCUCCCCCGUGGUGAGGUGGAAAGUGGAGAUCCGGCCGGCCCACGGCAGAGAGAGGUUGGCAGACAGGCGUGGCCUGGCCACCGGUACGUACCCAGAUUGCAUCGUCCGCCGCCCGCCGCCCGUCGCCAACCAGCCAGCCAUCAAGCAAGCUGGAGGAGUGGGCGGGCUAUGCACUAGUGUCGGGGGGCCACGGUUGAGCUUGGGCUCCCACUUCUAUUUUUUGACAAUGAUGGUCGGUGAAUGGGCAGACCAGCCCGCAUGGCGACAUGAGGAUGCCCCAACCUGCAAUCUCGGCAUCUGA